AUUCUUGAAACUAUGCCUAUGACUGAGAAAGUUGAAGAGUUGUUACAUGUCAUAGGUCCAUUUUAUGAAAUUGUAGAAGACAAAAAGAGUGGCAGAACUUCUGAUUUAACCUCAGAUCUUGGUAAUGUUCUAACUUCUGCUCCAAAUGCCAAAACUGUUAAUGGUAAAGCUGAAAGCAGUGAUAGUGGAGCUGAGUCUGAGGAAGAAGAGGCCCAAGAAGAAGUGAAAGGAGCAGAACAAAGUGAUAAUGACAGCUUUACAUCAAACAACGGACCAUUUCGAUAUUACCUGCAUGGUGAUCCCAAUCAGCCCUUGGAAAAUUCUGCUUUUCCUGAAGAAGGAUCUCCUGGAAAUGGCAACAUUGGGGAACUGCAGGUGGUAGCCAUUGAAGGAAAAGGUGAAGUAAAGCAUGGAGGGGAAGAUGGCCGGAGUAACAGCGGAGCACCACACC